AUGCGCAUAUAGGGUGCCACACUGACGCAUCGUUUGUUGUAUAGUCAACUGUUUUUUGCUGGACUGAGGCAUGCCUGUAGCGGAUUAUUGUUUUUACCGCAUUCAACAGUGUUUUCAGAGCAAAGGGGCGAAAGUCACAUCGGAGGCGCACAUAUGGAGGAAAGAUGCGCUGAAGUAACGCUCAUCCUUUAAGAAUGCGGGGUAAUUCAAGGCAGUGAAGUGAGGUAUCACGAUCCUAAUGUGACAUCUCACCAGUGUUUUCGACGAUGCCGACUUGGACACUUUUACCAUGGAGCUGCGAGCUUUAAGAGUCAAAAUUUACAGUCUGCUUUGGUGGCAGAAACCUCUUUCUGCGCCUCUGGAGGGGAAUAACGUACACAUCAAAAGCUAUAAAGUGUGAUUUAAAGAGAGAAAAAAUCUCGCUCCUGUAUGUGGAUUGAUUUUUCUGCUCUCUCUUCUCAGCAUUCCCUCAGUCAGUCGACGGAUUUUUGCCAUUACAGCUCAGUAGAGGGUGUCAGAUUAUUCUUAGAGCACAGCGCUAGGAUGAACACCGUCUCCGCGUUCCCAAAUCGCCAAAAAAGAGGGGGAACCGAGCGAGGCAAGACGCCGAAGGAUGUAAGGGGGGAUGCGGGUGUUUUGCAGCGGUGGGAUCGCCUCUAAAGCUCCAGCGCAGGGUGUGAAUUCAGCACCAGGGGAGAGGGGACAGCUCCCGCAGCACGCAGCACGACUGGAGGGAGAAAAAGGCACGGAUUUGUUCAGUUUUUUUCCGCCAAGGUCAGUCUGAAACGAAGUGGAAAAAAGCCGAAAGAUGUGCUGGACUCUACUGUCGCUCGCUGUUUUUGAUUUUUAUCAUAAACGCGCGGAGGCUGUGAGGGUUCAGCCGUGAAAGAGACGUUUAAAACUGCAAGUCUGGACACAAGAGCAGGUUAGAUGCAGCAUGGAUCUGUUAUAGACAAAACUGCCUUAUCUUCUCCAUAAAUGUCUCAUUUUUUUCUUCGUAUUGAUGUAGACUGAAUUCACAGCUCGUAUGUCUUGAAACCGGGAAUGAAUUGUCCACGUUAAGAAAAUGCUGCUUUGGAUUGUUCUGCUGAAUGCGGCUCUUUGUGUUGCUAGUGGAAAUGUUACAAGGGACGUUUGUAAGGAGCAGAUAUGCUCUUGCAACGAGAUCGAGGGAGAUCUGCACAUAGACUGCGAAAAACGGAGCUUCACCACUCUGCAGCAUUUGACUGGCCCGAGCUCGCAGUUUUAUCACUUGCUGCUGCACGGGAAUUCUCUAUCCAGGCUAUUUCCCAACGAGUUUGCCAACUUUUACAAUGCUGUGAGCCUGCAUUUGGAAAACAAUGGUUUGCACGACAUUGUCCCUGGCGCCUUUCUGGGGUUGCAGCUGGUGAAAAGGCUGCACAUCAAUAACAAUAAGAUAAGAUCAUUCAGGAAGAGUACAUUUCUGGGGUUAGACGACUUGGAAUAUCUCCAAGCUGAUUUCAAUCUAUUGAGGGAUAUUGACCCCGCUGUUUUCAGGGACCUAAAUAAACUUGAAGUGUUAAUACUUAACGACAACCUCAUCAGUGCGCUACCUAUAAACGUGUUUCAACAUGUGCCCAUUACGCAUCUCGACCUGCGGGGAAACAGAAUCAAAACGUUGCCUUAUGAGGGGAUUCUUGAGCAAAUACCGGGCAUUGCAGAGGUUUUGUUGGAGGACAACCCGUGGGACUGUAACUGCGACUUGGUUUCUCUUAAGGAAUGGCUGGAGAACAUACCGCAUAACGCGCUUAUUGGGAGGCUGAUAUGCGAGGCGCCCACCAGGCUCCAAGGGAGCGACUUAAACGAGACGUCAGAAGCGGAUUUGUGCCCUUCACAGAACGGUGAAGUGGACACCAGCUUGGUCGCCCCUCCCACCCAGGAGGAGACCUCUGAGACCGCAGCCCAUGCCCCGCGUCCCACGCCUUACAAGCCCAAUAAAGACACCAGCGGGCCCCCGACGCCUGGCGUCGGCCACGGACCCAAGAGCCGCUCCAAAUCUCGUGAGAACUGGCAGCUGAAGACGAAGCCCACUCCAGUGGUGACAGGUGUGAACGGGGACAGAGAGCAGCUGAACAACAUGACGUGCCCCCAGCCUUGCAACUGCAAGCUGGUCGGCUCCAGACAAGGGCUGGGGGUCAACUGCGAGGGCAAAAAGAUCGAGAGCUUAGCCAACCUCAAACCUAAGCCCUUAUCCGCGCACGAGUUGAACAUGAGAGAUAACAACAUCCAUGCAGUGAAAAAGAACCAGCUGCUCGGCUACUCCAGCCUCAACCUGCUUGAUCUGGGUGGGAACAACAUCAAGGUGAUUGACAACAGCACUUUCCAGAACCAGAGCGAGCUCAGGUGGCUGUAUAUGGAUAAGAAUUAUCUGGAAACGCUGGUGGCAGAGAUGUUCGUGGGCCUUGUGAAUCUGGAAUAUCUCAGUUUGGAAUACAACGACAUCCAGCUGAUAGUGGCAGGUGCGUUCAGCCCCAUGCCAAAUCUGAGGGUUCUGUUUCUCAACAACAACCUGCUGAAAUCUUUACCCGUGGAUGCUUUCCUUGGGAUUUCUUUAUCCAAAAUUAGCCUGCAUAAUAAUUAUUUCCCCUAUCUCCCCGUGACUGGAGUGUUAGACCAGCUCAAUUCAAUCAUACAGAUCGAUUUGCACGGGAAUCCGUGGGAUUGCUCGUGCAACAUCGUGCCCUUCAAGCAGUGGACGGAGAAACUCGCAGCGGACGUGAUAGUGAGUGAUCUCAAAUGCGAGUCCCCUGAAGAGUUCUGGAAAUGCGAUUUCCGCGAAGUCCGGAACGACCUCAUGUGCCCCAAACUGUAUGGUAAAACCCCCCAAACACCUCUGUCCAAAAACAGCACUUUCACUUUGGACUCGGGGACGCGCUCGAACUCUUAUUUGGAGCCGAACAGGGUCUCCAUCUCAGUGCUCGUCCCCGGGCUGCUGUUGGUGUUCGUCACGUCCGCUUUCACUGUCGUAGGAAUGCUUGUGUUUAUUUUGCGGAAUCGAAAGAGAUCGAAGCGGAGGGACGGCAACUCGUCCGCAUCUGAGAUCAAUUCCUUGCAGACAGUGUGCGACUCGUCGUAUUGGCACAGCGGGCCUUAUCACGCAGACGGGGGCGCGCACCGGGGCUUCGACUGCAGCACGCACCUCUCCACGACAAAUGAUGCGUAAAAAGGGACUCUAGUACAAUAAGGAUUACAAACAGUCACACAGACACACUGACGCACAGAACAGACUGAGAAUCGUGCGCUUUUGAUCCUGCAGAGGCGCAAACAGACUUGUUUAUGUCUUGUUUUGAACCAAGUAAGUCAGUCUGCUGCUGCUGCACAGGCCCCACUCUGUAAUAUAUGUAUAUGCCAACCCCCCUGGCUAAAACCCCCUCCCUCCCUCCUCCUCCCAGUUCUGCUAUUUGCCGCAAUCGGACUACGGAUCUGUAUGAAAAGAGGAAAAGCAGCGAGGGAGUGAGGGCGUGUGUGUGAGACAGAGAGCGCGAGAGGAAAGACAGAGGACCUAGGGAAUGGUGCACGAACGCAUGAAUGUAAAUGUAAAUACUCGGACUGAUGUAUCAUAAUCUGCAUGAAGAUAUUUCGCAUGGUUUCAACACACACACACAGACACACACACAGACACACACACACACAGACACACACACAUGACGGCGAGGAACCAUAACCACCAUAACCAACAAAGAAGCGACCCUUUCAUGUUAUAUCAAUAUGACAAUAUAUAGAUAUUAAGAAUUAUAUAUGACUAUUACAAAGUGCCAUUUCUCUAUUUUUUGUGAACCUGCAGUUAGGAUUUGUAUUUGUUGUUUUAAACUUGGAGAAAAGAGAAAAAAAAAAUGACAAUGAUGACUAUCGGAAAGGAGUGAUGGACGUGAAGCUGUCAGUGCAUGUUAUUUUCUGUUUGUUAUCAUUUGAUUGUCGAUAAAUAUUGGGGUUAUUUAUACUAGAUGGUGCAGAUUAAAUCCAUGUCUGCGCGCUCAUCAUCUCCUUUAUGAAUGUAAACUGUGUUAUUUUAUGGUGUGCCAAUUGUUGACUUUCAGAUAUUCAGACAUGCAGAUGAGCAUGACCAAUUAACGUCACUCAGAUGCUUAUGCUGCAAAGUUAAUGUAGCUAAAAUAACAGUUCUGUGGUUUUGUGUGUCAAUGAAUAUAGCCUGCUUUGGGUGAGAGGAAGAAAAAAAAACAAAAAAGUCAUUUAAAUGGGGGGUUUAUACCAUCAUAUUUUUUCAACAACUGAGCAAAAGAAGUGUUUUCAAUUGAGCUAUGUAAUUCGAUCUAUGUAAACAGCGCAGGUAGACUGAUAUAGAAUAGAAUGCUUUUUUUAAAUGUCAGAAAAAGAAGUAUUCCUCCACAAAAAAGCUUAUGGCUAUGAUUCACUUUCAUCAUAUUGUGAGCUUUUGUAAAGCCAUCUAAUCUUGUCCAAAUAAGAAACUCACUGUAUUUACAAAAUGUGCUUGAAAUAGGCUGUUUUGGCUGGUGAUGGUGGUGGUGGUGGUGGUGCUGGGGGUUACUGCUUUCUAACAAACAAACAGAGGCCAUGCUAUGGAGAGAACCAAGCAUGAAAGAAGUGUGUCUCCUUGGGAAAAAAGAAAGGAGG